AUGGCGGCGAAGGUUGCCGGGUAUAUUAAAUUGGCCAUUGAAGCCGGGAAGGCGAAUCCGGCGCCGCCGAUUGGUCCGGCUUUAGGUGCAAAGGGCGUGAACAUCAUGGCUUUUUGCAAAGAGUACAACGCGAGAACGUCGGACCAGCCGGGGAUGAUCAUUCCAGUCGAAAUUACCGUUUUUGAAGACAAAUCGUUCACGUUCAUCUUGAAAACGCCGCCGGCUUCGGUCUUGUUGAAGAAAGCCGCCGGCGUCGCGAAGGGCGCGGCGGACCCGCAAAAACAAAACGUCGGUUCCGUCACCUUGGCGCAAUUGGAAGAGAUUGCUAAGAUUAAGUUACCGGAUUUGAACUGCACGAAAGUUGAAUCUGCGAUGGAGGUUGUCAGAGGGACGGCGAACAACAUGGGCAUUAGCGUUGUCGAGGCGUAA